UUAUCGGUUACUCUCUUUGGCGCCAUUUCUACUGUCAGAGAACGAAAAAGCGCCUGCACAGAGACGGAGCAUUAACCAUGCUUCUCGCUUCGCCCGAUUGCUUCUCUUCUUCUGCCGCGUCUUCUAUGCUUUCAUCUUCACUCUCUAACAAUCGUAAAUUCUACUCCCUCUUAUCUAAGAACCCAAUUUCAAUUAACUUACGUAUUCGAACUCGAUCCACACGAUUCUGUACAGCGAGCUUGAUUACUAGCCCCGACUCGUUCGAGGUUGGGAAACUCAUCGGCAGCUAUGGGUUCAUGAACGUUACGAGCUAUUCAGGGUACCAAUCGGGGAUGGAUAUGGAAUUUUCAUCUCUGGGGAAUAUGGGGCAACUGAAAGUUCAAGAUGUGGGUGAAGGUGGUGUAAAGAUCAGGCUUUAUGAAGGGAGAAUAGCUCAGGGCUCGCUUAAAGGGACUCCAGUUGUUUUUAAGGUUUAUCCUGGGCAGCGAGCUGCUGGUGUUGAAGCUGAUAUGAUGGCAGCAAAUGAGCUUAAUACUCAUGCUGUACUUCAGAGUAGUUCAAAAGGUAUCUGUCAGAAUCUCCUGAUACUUGUAGGAGGAUUUGAGACCAAAACUGGGGAACAGUGGCUUGCUUUUCGUAAUGCUGGGAAAUAUAGUGCAGCAGACUAUGCAAAAAUUAUGAGUGAAAGAAUAUCAAAAAGCCAUUCCAUGGGAGAGAACUCUUGGAAUCCUUUUGAACGAGAGCAAACAAUAAAGCUAAGAAGAAACUUUGUUAUCAAGCUUCUUAGGGGUGCUAUUAGUGGCCUAGUGUACAUGCAUGACCAUGACAGAUUGCACCAGAGUCUUGGACCAUCUUCUAUUGUUCUUAAUACUAUAAUAGAGAAAGAUGCUGCUUACUUAGUUCCACGACUUCGGGAUCUAGCCUUUUCCGUUGAUAUUCGGAUUUCAUGUCUAGAAGAGGGCCUUGGAACACUAUCAGAAGGACUUUGGAGAAGGGCAAUUACUGCUGGCUGCUUCACACCUAUGGAGAAAAGAGCCUUUGGAAUUGCAGAUGACAUAUAUGAAGCAGGUCUCCUUUUUGCGUACUUGGCUUUUGUUCCGUUUUGCGAAGCUGGCAUAAUGGAUAGUCUUUCUUUGCAAAGGCUUUUGGAAAAUACUUUCCAACUUGAUCUUGAAGCUGUAAGAGAAUAUUGUUUAGCAGAUGAUCGGUUGGAAGAAGCUGUCAAAUUUCUGGAUCUUGGUGACAGGGCCGGUUGGCAAUUACUUCAGGCAAUGCUAAAUUCUGACUUCCGAAAACGACCAAUUGCAGAAGCUGUGCUAAACCAUCGGUUCAUGACUGGCGCUGUACUUUGAGUAGCAAAAGCUACAGUGAGUUUCCAAUGUAACGUGCGUAAUAAAAAUUUAAAAGCAGAAUAUGCCUCAUUAAAUGAAUAAAUAGUAAACCACAGCCACAACCACUUUUUUGCCCAACAAGUCUUUGUAAUUUCCCAAGUACGUGAUCUUCUCUUCUACACUGCACUCUAUGCUAUUAAAUAUUUACAUCAAAAUUUAUAAUUUAUUAUUUUAA